CAAGUGUCACUGACGAAAACUAGUGUUUACUAGUUCAAACGUCUGUCCGUUUCCUAAAUCGUAUCCAGUUAACUGCUUUUUGGCGCCGGCCACACUCCCGUAGUUUCGUAUACGUCACUAGCGCAGUGGUGGGUGGAGCCUGUGAACGAUAGACUGGUUCACUGUGGAGAGGAACAUGUCCGGAGUAAUGUAUGUCCUCACCGAGCAGCUCCAGGCCUGGUCGGCGGGGCUGACGUGUGUGACCGCCGUGAUCGUUACAGGCGCCGCCCUGGUCCUCACCUGGGGAGGAUGGGCUUCAGGCAGGAGUGUGGAUGUGCCGGGUCCCCCCUGGUUACUUGGUUUCGGUCCGUUGAUGAGUUUUGCCCGGUUUAUCUGGAUGGGUGUUCCCGUGGCCGCGGCUCAUUACGGAGCGCGCUAUGGGGACUUUGUUCGUGUGUGGAUUGCAGGAGAGCGGACCUACGUCAUAACCCGACCGUCCGCUGCCUGGCACGUCCUGAAGUCUAACAACUACUGCCGGCGGUUCGGCAGCAGGACCGGGCUCAGCACAAUCGGCAUGUAUCAGAACGGCAUCAUAUGGAACGGGGACGACGGCUGGAGGGUGCUCAGGGGGUUCUUUCAAAAAGCUCUCAACGCGGAUACCCUGAAUCGGGCUACGUCUGCAGCCGUGGACGCCACCUACCGGCAGAUGGGUAACAUUGCAGUUCUGCAGCAGAAGACAGCUGAUGGGAAGAUUGAGGCUCUGGACUUCCUGCGGCGGAUCACACUGGAGGUCACCAACAACCUCACACUGGGCGUGCAUAUUGCAGAUCCAGAUGAUCUUGUAGAAAGAAUCGUUCGCUACUUCAAGGCGUGGGAAUUCUUCCUCCUGCGGCCUCCCAUCAUGUACCUGAUGACACCUAAGCUGUACUGGAAGCACUGUCAGGCUGUGAAUGACUUGAAUGACGCUAUCGCUGAGCUUCUGACAAACAAGAGACAGGAGUUGAAAACAGUGCCACCUAGUGAUAAACCUGACUUUGCCACCUGUCUGUUGCAAGCUGAGGAGAGAGGAGAGGUGAGCCCAGCACAUGUGCAGCAGUGUGUACUGGAGAUGCUGCUAGCGGGUACAGACACGUCAUCCGUCUCCAUGUACUACCUGCUGGUCUCCGUGGCAGAGAACCCGCAGGUCGAGCUGAAAGUCUUGGAGGAGAUGAGAGACAUCCUGGGAGAGCGUGACCCCACAAAGGCUGAUCUGCCACAGCUAGUGUACCUGGAGCAGGUGAUUAAGGAGGCCAUGCGGAUCAAGCCAGUGGGCCCGGUUAUCAUGCGCCAAGCAAAGGAGGAUGACAGGAUUGAUGGGAUUGAGACCCCUGCUGGUACUAACAUCAUCCUGAACCUGGCAGACAUGCACAGACGCCAGGACAACUUCCCAGCACCGGAUGACUUCAACCCGCAGCACUUUGACAACAAGGACUUCAAGGGCGAGUAUGUUCCCUUUGGCACAGGUCCUAAGGGCUGCAUAGGCCAGUUCCUGGCUAUGAUUGAGAUGAAGGCCAUCAUGUGUACCCUGCUGCGCAAGUAUCAUCUGCGUGCAAUACCGGGGGAGUCGCUAGAGGGCAUCGAGACUCACUGGGACAUCGCACAACAGCCUGUCAAUGCUAGUUACAUGUACUUUGAAGAGAGGAACUAGGCUGUCAGUUUCAGUGCAAAGUUGAUAAGUUUUUAAAUAAACAUGCGUAAAUAAUCAUCUAUAACUUCAGAACUAAAACAAAGAUUGUAAACUGUUAGGAAUAAAAUUGACAGAGGCAGAUUAAUGUUUGAAAAGUUUUACUUUAGCACAAACUUUGACGGGGGCUGACUGCUGUAUUUUCAGCAGACUAAAUAAAGGUUGUCAUCACAAUGGUUAUACAAUACAGUUUGCAAAAAGGCACUUGCCAUUUAAGUGCUAAUAAGGAUACUAUUCCAUUUCUAUUACUUAAUGUUAAUUACAUUACAGGUGUUUUUCUUACAUAAUUUUGAUUUUCUUCUUGGCGAUUUGUUUACACUCGCC